AUGCACCAUCAACAUCAACAUCAAGUUCGUCGUGCACCCUCGGACUCUUUCAGAAGUCUGCGCUACGACACUCAAAAACGAUCAUAUCGAUUUGACAACUUGUCUGCCAUUGAGAGUGAACCUCCUCGAGGCCACAGACCCGGCUCUUUCUAUGGUGGAAAUGGACGCUCCACCCCUGUCGAAGAAAUCCUCAGACUUCCUCUGACAUGGUGGAUGAACUCUACAGCCAAGAACCACUUUGUCGCCAUGAUCGGUGAAUUUGUCGGUACUACCAUGUUCCUCUUCUUCGCCUUCGCCGGCACUCAAGUCGCCAAUGUCGGCGCACAAGACAGCACCACAACCACCAACGCCACAAACGGGUUUUCACCCAUCGUUCUACUCUACACCGCCGUAUCUUUCGGUUUCUCCCUCAUGGUAAAUGUCUGGAUCUUCUUCCGCAUCAGCGGUGGCCUCUUCAACCCUGCCGUAACUCUCGCCAUGGUUCUCGUCAAAUCUCUGGAUUAUGUCAGAGGCUCUCUUCUCUUCAUCGCACAGAUUUGUGGAUCCUUGCUCGCAUCUGUACUGGUCAGAGCGCUGUUCCCCACCCAAUUGAACGUCCGCACUACCCUCUCUGCCGACACGAGUAGAGUCCGCGGCGUCUUUAUCGAAGCAAUCCUUACCGCCGAACUCGUGUUUACCAUCUUCAUGCUCGCCAAGGAAAAGCACCGCGCCACUUAUAUGGCUCCCAUUGGCAUUGGCAUGGCCCUAUUCAUCGCGGAAUUGGUCGGUGUAUAUUAUACCGGUGGUUCCCUCAACCCCGCUCGCUCUUUUGGUCCUUGUGCAGUUACUGGCGUUUGGGACUCGGAACAUUUCGUGUACUGGGUCGGUCCGGCGAUCGGAGCGCUCAUUGCAGUGGUGUUCUAUAAGUUCAUCAAGAUUUUGGAAUAUGAGAUCGCAAACCCCGGUCAGGAUGCUGAUGGAGAGGAUGAGGGGGUUUCUCCUCCUGUCAGUAGAGAUGGAUGGAGGAAGAAGGAUGAAGAAGCUUGA